AUGAAUGAGCAUGUUGGUCAUUUGAAAUGUGUGUUUGAAGUGCUUCGACAGGAACAACUUUAUACUAAUGUAGAAAAAUGUUCCUUUUGUGUUGAUGAAGUUGUUUUCUUGGAAUUUGUUAUUAGCUCAAGGGUCGUUGAGGUAGAUGAAUCCAAAAUAGACGCUAUUAAAAAUUGGCCAACUCCCAAAUCCAUUGGUGAUGUGAGAAGUUUUCAUGGAUUGGCUAGUUUCUAUAGGCGGUUUGUUAAAGGAUUUAGCACCAUAGCCGCUCCAUUGACCGAGUUAAUCCGAAAGGAUAAACCUUUUUCUUGGGGUGAGGAGCAAGCAAAAGCCUUUGAGAACUUGAAAGAAAUGCUUAGCUCCACACCAUUGUUGCAAUUACCCGAUUUUGAUAAAACCUUUGAAAUUGAAUGUGAUGUUAGUAAAGUAGGUAUUGGUUCUAUUUUCGAUGCAAGACCAAAACCCAUUGCCUAG